CGUUCUCUUGGCACAUAUUCGUUGGAUAUUUGCGUCAAGUGCACGUACGUGAACGUUCUUGGCAGGUAGAUCUAUCCCUGCACUCACCCGCUCGUCAUGCCGCCCAAGCCAAAACCCGUCAACAAGCGCCCUCAUGCCAUCGUGACCAAACCCGCUGCCGCGCCUGGCCCGCCGCCCAGUCUUCUCAAGAAGCGCCGAACGUCGCAAUCGGGACGCACGGACAACGUCGAAGUCAUCACGCCGCCCAAGGGCUUCAUGGACAUCGCUCCGACACCGCACGGUCCUCCGUCCAUGAUGCCACCGACACCGUCAUUCGGUGCACCGCUCUUUCAUGAACUCCCGACACCACCGGAGAAUACGACGAUGGCGCCGCCCGCGCCGAAAUCCUCGUCGGCCGCGUCGUACUCGUCGUCCGGGGAAACAUCCAUGUCGAAUCGGUCGACGCCAUCGCCUCCCGUCAAAGCGGACAAGAAGCACGCGACCGGCACCAACGCCGCCGCCGUUCCCGCGCACCCGAAAAACACGUUUCGAGCGUGGAACGUCGGCGCGCGCUACCGCCUCGUGCGCAUUCUUGGCAAGGGCUCGUAUGGCCAAGUGGCCGAAGCGUACGACACGGUCGUGAACAAGCGCGUCGCAAUCAAGAAGAUCAACAACGUGUUUGACCAAGAAGUCGACUGCAAGCGGUUGUACCGCGAAAUCUACAUCUUGCGGCAUUUGCGCCAUUCCGAAGUGAUCACGCUCCUGGACGUGCUCCCGCCGCCGUCGUACGCUGCUUUCAACGACCUCUACCUCGUCUUUGAGUUUGUCGACACGGACCUGCACAAGCUCAUCAUGAGCCCGCAGUACCUGACGACGCGGCACAUCCAAGUCUUUUUGUACCAGUUGCUGUGCGCCCUCAAGUACAUCCACUCGGCCAACGUCAUCCAUCGAGACAUGAAGCCGGCCAACAUUUUAGUCAACGAAGAUUGCACACUCAAGAUAUGCGACUUUGGCCUGGCGCGCGUGGUCGACGAAGCGAUCUUUAAAGAGAAUGCGCACGUCGAGCCUGUCUCGCCCGCCUUCCGCAACAAAAAAGGCGGCGCGGACAACCCCAACAUGCCCAAGUUUCAACGCCAACUUACCAAGCAUGUCGUGACCCGGUGGUACCGCGCGCCCGAAUUGAUCCUUCUCCAGGACUACGGCUACGCCGUCGACUUGUGGAGUUUGGGAUGUAUUUUUGCCGAGCUGCUCAGCAUGCAAGUCGAGAGUUGCUCGCAGUACCAGUCGCGGACUCCAAUCUUCCCCGGUCGGUCGUGUUUUCCCCUCAGCGCCGAUCGACCAACAACGUAUUCGGACAAGCUCGAUCAACUGAAUGUCAUUUUCAACGUGAUUGGAACGCCAAGCGAGGACGACAUUGGCAACUUGGGCGAGGUAAAGCAAUACCUGCGCAAACUACAGCACAAGGACCCGAUGAAUCUCGCCCAGUUGUAUCCGGGUGCGUCCCCCGAGGCCCUGGACCUCCUCAAGCAGUUUUUGACCUUCAACCCCGACCGGCGGAUAACUCUGGAAGGCGCGCUGAACCAUCCAUUUCUCGCCGACAUUCGUCUACGCGCGAAGGAGAUCGUGGACAUGCAGCCCCUUGACAUGGAGUUUGAAAACGUCCCGCUCGACCGUGAAAAACUCAAAGGUCGCAUCUUCAGCGAGAUCCAGCACUUUCAAGCGCGCAAUGCCGACGUGCAUGCAGCUCGAUGCAACCACGCCAUGCCAACCAGCAUGGCUGCAAGGAACGUCCCACCGACCAUGCAUUAAUUCCUCCAUGCGCCAGUCAGCCGCCGCGACAGCUUGAGCCCCCGCCGCCAUAUAUCAUAGAAUUUUUUAUAUACUAUAAAUCUGAACCUUACAACUAAUCCGUGC